CCUGUCGCCCUUGGUGACAAGAAAGCCAGGUCGUCAGUCACAGGCGCACACCGAGCAGCGGACACCACCACCACCACCACCACCAAGACCAAAGUCGUACGCAGCCCAGGGGCCAUGUCCUCCUCUGGCGUGGAAGAGCCACUCCAGCUCCAAGUGGAGUACGACACACUCGUCAACAGCCUCACCGAGCUCCAAGGAAAGCACUCUGGGCAGUGUGUGAAACAUGAAGCCAUCCGGGCUGUGCUGGAGCGCGUCGGUUCUUGUGAAGGAAAGCAAGAGGAAGAGGCACUGCUGGGAGAAUGCCAGGCGCUUCGACAAGACCUCAUCACGGCGCAGGAGAGCUACAACAAUGCUGCCAAGGCCCUUAACACAGCGCUCGCGUACCGGACAUCCUUGAUCAUGGACAUUGAUUCUGUUGCUGCACAGGAGCGCGAGUGUGUCCAGGCCACGGCUCGUAUCAAGCAACAGUCAACGGGUGUGCAGUGCACACACGCGCGGAAGGAGGUUGCGGAGCUGAGGGCAGGGGAGGAGCGGCGACGGCAGCAGCUUGAGACGCGGGAUCAGGCGCUGCGGGCGAUGGCGGAGGAGGUAGAGCGGGUGCAGGGCCCGCACGCGGAGGCGACACAGCACCUGCGCAGCACGGAGGAGGCCAAGGCGAAGCUGGACAGGCAGCAGGCAGACAAGGAGGCGUUGCUUGAGCACCGGCUCGCCCUGGUCCAGAAGAAGCACGACAUGGUGUCUGGCCACCAGCAGCGGCUGGAGGAUGCGCUGGCGCGGCUGCGGCACGACAACGCGUUUGCGCGGGCGACUGCGCGGGAGGCGACGGAGAACGUGGCGCGGCUGCGGGCGGAACUGCGCGCCAUCAGCGCCGCCACCACCCGCGCCGCCACGGGAAGCGCUCGUGGGCGCGCGGACACGCACACGCGCGUCGAGGGAAGCAGUGGAUGCAAUAGACACAGCAACAGUAGUGGCGGCAACAAAGACAGCAACGGCAACUACGGCAACAGUUACGGCAGUGUAGAGGAGGAUGCUGGUGGCUCUUCUGGUCAGGGCACGAAGCGGGGCAGGCCAGCCGUGGCGGCGACAGCGAGCAGCGCGUUUGACGUUGAUGCAUCGUCGCUAUCGUUUGCGCUGGUGGACGAAGGGCGGGCGGAGAUGGCGCGGCGGCAGGCUGCGAUUGGCAAUCUGCACGCGGCGUUGCAUGCAAGCACGACCGCCAUCACCAAGAUCAAGGCGCAGCUGGACCGCGUCGUCGCCCGCACAGCAGGCGCAAUCGCAUCCGCCACUUGA